CUCACCCAUCAUUAGUUUAAGUGUGAGGCAGCGGCGUGCAUCGGCGCCGGAGGCGUGCGCUCACCCCGCCUCUCCGCUCGUCCCGCUCGCCGCGGCCGAUGACCGCACCACCCGAGACCGCGGCCACCCGAAAAAACGGCGGCGAUGAGGAGGCCCGGCCCUUGGCGCAGACCCGCGCCCCCGAGCGGCGGCAGCGUCGGAUCCGGCUGCCUCGCGGGGCCAGCCCUCCCGUCCGCGCCGCGCCGCGUCGCCGCCGGCAUGGAGGCCCCUGCUCGGGCAGCCUCCGCGGCGUCGUCGGCGUCGCUGCGGCGGCGGGGUCUUUGGGUACCGCGUGGCGGGGGACCGGCGCGGCUUCCGGUCGAGGGUUCUGGCGACGCCAAGCCGUAGAUCUGAGCCGCCGUCCGCACCUCGUUUCCUCCAUGUUUCGAUCUGGAUUAUAUAAACGAGGGAGAAAAGAGGCUCCAGAAGUUCUUAUAACCCAGCUCAAGUGGUUUCAAGCAUUGCUUGGUGCAUCUAUAUGUAAGAAUUCACGGAUCAUGGAGUAUCAGUUAGAGCUGGAUUUAAAUUCCUUCAUGAGCCCCAGCAUAAAGAGUGAUAAAAAGAUUCUAUAAACAAGAGAGAAGAGACUCUAGAAGUUCCUGUAACCAGCUCAAGUGGUUUCAAGCAUUGCUUGGUGCAUCUACAUGUAAGAAUUCAUGGAUCGUGGAGUAUCAAUUAGAGCUGAAUUUAAAUUCCUUCAUGAGCCCCCAGCAUAGAGUGAUAAAGAGUGAGUUCUGUUUCUUCUCUUUGAUCAAAUUCACCAUGCAGCCAAGUAUAUGGCUGAUGCAUAAUUUGUUGCUUCAGUGACCUGAAAAAUAUGAUUUGUAUGGAGUUGUACAACACUAAGGUGAAUCUUUAUUGGCUGGUCAACUACGUUUGCUAUAUCCAUUCGUUACAAACUGAUUGAUUUCUAAUAAAUAAUGAUGCGGUAAUUUAUCUACAUAUAGUCAUAUACUAAUAUUUCUUACAUCUUUCGCUUAGUUCCAAGAAUCUAAACUUUUAUGCUGCAGUUUGAGAAAAAUUGGCAAAUAUUAAGCCUUGGGUCACAAAGUAUAUAUUUUAUUCUAUGUCAAUCAAGGUUCAUCCCAUUGGUUCUCCGCCUUAAGAAAGGAAACAACGUUUCCAGUGGCAGUUAUAACUUGGACUGUUAUAAUUCUCCAGCUGAAUCGGUCCUCAGACCAGUAGUUUCCAACUCCGGCAACAUUACUAAGGGCAUGUGAUUAUUGAUGUGGCUAUUAAUCAAGAGAAACAAUGCCAGAGAGCUUUAGCAACGGAACCUGAUUAUCAUAUUUACAUGCUGUUGAAGCUCAUCUGGCAUUGCUUUCUCUGAACAGUAGUCUCGUUAUUAAUGCACAUGCGCUUAGCAAUGCUGUUGGAGUUGGAAGCACCGGGUCUGAGCACCGGUUCAACUGAAGAAUUAUUGAUGCCGAGCCAUGGAAACACUGUUUCCGUUUCCUUUCUUGAGUAAUGUGGAGGGGGAUAAACCUUGUUUUUGUUUGACAUGGGAUAAAAGAUAUGCUUCGUGGCACAAGGCUUGAUAUUCGCCAAUUAUCUAUUUCUGCAGGUUCACCCCUAGCCUACCCCAACUUGUUUGGGACUAAAAGGCUUUGUUGUUGUUGUUGUUGUUGCUGUAGAGUGCUUAGUGCAUAAUCAUUUAUGAGAAACCAAUUAAUUUGUGACGAGCGGAUAUAGCAAAUGUAGUGACCAACCAAUAAAGAUUAACCCUGGUUUGCGAAUGGUGCAUGGCUUUAUGAUUAAGCUCGAUUUGUGGUUGCUGAA